CAUCAUACGAACCAACAAUUCAAUCAGAAAACCAUAAAACCUUAUUAUUAAACCCACCGACAGUCAAACCGACGAUUUCCAAACCUUGAAAUUACCAUUAUACCCCUCACCGGACCCACUUACAACUCACACUCUCCACUUUAUCUCUCUCUCACUAAAAUCAUCAAACCAAAGAUCUGUGUGUAUGUAAAUGUUCCUUCUGUAUUAAGCCUUUGGCUUUCUCUCUCUAGAAUUUUUCAACACAAGUUAACACCUUUCAGUUUUUUACCAACUACCCAUUUCAUUAUAUCAAUAAACCUUUGUGGGUUUUUAUUUUCUUGAAAAAUUUCUUGAUAUUUUAUUGCAAAAUCACAUCAAGCGUUUAGCUUUCUCUCUCUAUAAAUUUUCAACACAAGUUAACACACACCUUUCAGUAUUUUCCCAACUACCCAUUUCAUUAUAUUAAUAAAUCUUUGUGGGUUUUUAUUUUCUUGAAUUUUUAUUGAUAUUUUAUUAUUUAAUUUAAUUAUUUUAUUCCAAAUUAUAUACGUAUUUGCUGUUUACAUUUCAUUUUCAGGUGUAUUUUAAUGUGGGUUUGGUUAUAUCUUUGAUGGGUGUUGUUUAAAGAAAGUGAGGGAAGAAAGAACACACACACACACAAGUGUAGAGAGAGAGAGAAAGAGGUAGAGAGAGAAAGCUCUCAACUUUCUUGAUUUCUUGAUGUGGGUUCUUUAGUUCCUCUCAAGUGUGUGUUUUCUGGAGUGUUUAUGUGUGAGAUUAGUGUGUGUUUUGUGUGAGAUUCAAUGGAUACCAAAGGAAGGCUUGUAGCUGGUUCACACAACAGGAAUGAGUUUGUUCUUAUCAAUGCUGAUGAAGUUGGAAGAGUGACUUCUGUAAAAGAAUUAAGUGGGCAGAUUUGCCAGAUUUGUGGUGAUGAGAUUGAAAUAACAGUUGAUGGUGAGCCAUUUGUUGCUUGCAAUGAAUGUGCUUUCCCUAUAUGUAGACCUUGUUAUGAAUACGAAAGACGAGAGGGUAACCAAGCUUGCCCUCAAUGCAAAACUCGGUUUAAACGGAUUAAAGGGAGUCCGCGAGUUGACGGCGAUGAAGAUGAGGAAGGGUUCGAUGAUUUGGACCAUGAAUUUGAUCUUGCAAAUGGUCAUGGUGGUUCUGAGGUGGGUCUUUCUUCCCGCCACAAUAUUGGGCGGGGCGCAUAUAAUGGUUCGGGUUUUGCCACCCCUUCAGAGGUUGAUGCCGCCGCUUUAAACCCCGAGAUCCCUCUUCUUACUUACGGUCAAGAGGAUGAUGGGAUUUCGGCUGACAAACAUGCUUUAAUUAUCCCGCCAUUUAUGAAUCGGGCAAAGCGAGUUCAUCCUAUGCCGUUUUCUGAUACUGCUUCAUCGGUUUCUUUGCCACCUCGGCCCAUGGAUCCUAAGAAAGAUUUGGCGGUUUAUGGUUACGGAACUGUUGCAUGGAAAGAUAGAAUGGAGGAAUGGAGAAGAAGGCAAAAUGAUAAACUACAAAUGGUUAAACAUCAAGGUGACGGUGGUGGCGGUCAAAACGAUGGAGAUGUUGAUGAUCCCGAUAUGCCGAAGAUGGAUGAGGGAAGGCAACCACUUUCAAGAAAGUUACCAAUUUCUUCAAGCAAGAUAAAUCCAUACCGAAUGGUGAUACUGAUUCGUAUGGCGAUUCUUGGUCUCUUUUUUCAUUAUAGAAUCCUACACCCUGUUAAUGACGCAUACGCGUUAUGGCUCAUAUCCGUCAUUUGUGAGAUAUGGUUUGCGGUCUCAUGGAUCUUCGAUCAAUUCCCAAAAUGGUUCCCAAUUGAGCGUGAAACCUACCUUGAUCGAUUGUCGCUAAGGUACGAGAAAGAGGGGAAGCCAUCUGAACUGGCGCCUGUAGACGUUUUUGUGAGUACGGUGGAUCCAAUGAAAGAACCGCCACUAAUUACCGCCAACACGGUGUUAUCGAUCCUGGCGGUGGAUUAUCCGGUGGACAAGGUGGCUUGCUAUGUCUCUGAUGAUGGUGCUGCAAUGCUUACGUUUGAAGCGCUCUCGGAAACGUCUGAAUUCGCAAGAAAGUGGGUCCCCUUUUGCAAGAAGUUUAACAUUGAACCGCGUGCACCCGAGUGGUAUUUUGCCGAAAAGGUUGAUUAUCUUAAAGAUAAAGUGCAUCCGUCAUUUGUCCGGGAACGCCGUGCUAUGAAGAGGGAAUAUGAAGAGUUUAAGAUAAGAAUAAACGGGCUCGUUACAAUGGCACAAAAGGUUCCGGAAGAGGGAUGGACAAUGCAAGAUGGUACUCCGUGGCCCGGGAACGAUGUUAGGGAUCAUCCGGGAAUGAUCCAGGUUUUUCUUGGGAACAAUGGUGUACAUGACAUAGAAGGAAAUGAGUUACCGCGUCUUGUAUACGUUUCUCGUGAAAAGAGGCCUGGAUUUGACCACCACAAGAAAGCCGGUGCCAUGAAUGCUUUGAUCCGAGUGUCAGCUGUCAUCUCAAAUGCACCUUAUAUGCUCAACGUCGAUUGUGAUCACUACAUAAACAACAGUAAAGCACUAAGAGAAGCGAUGUGUUUCAUGAUGGACCCCACAUCCGGAAAGAAAAUUUGCUACGUUCAGUUUCCUCAAAGAUUUGAUGGGAUUGAUCGUCACGAUAGAUACUCGAAUCGCAACGUUGUGUUCUUUGAUAUUAAUAUGAAAGGUUUGGAUGGAAUCCAAGGGCCGAUAUACGUUGGAACGGGGUGUGUGUUUAGGAGACAAGCAUUGUACGGUUACGAUGCCCCGACGAAGAAAAAACCGCCUGGGAAAACGUGUAAUUGCUUGCCUAAAUGGUUAUUGUGUUGUUGCUCGUCGAGAAAGAAGAAAGCUAAAGGAAAGUCAAAGGAGAAGUUGACUAAGAGCAAGAAGAGUAAAGACACUUCGAUUCAAAUACAUGCAUUAGAGAAUAUCGAAGAAGGAAUCGAAGGGAUAGAUAGUGAAAAGUCGUCGCUUAUGCCUCAAAUAAAGUUUGAGAAAAAGUUUGGUCAAUCUCCGGUGUUUAUCGCUUCAACGCUUUUGGAAGAUGGCGGUGUUCCUCCAGGUGCCACGUCAGCGUCACUAUUGAAAGAAGCCAUCCAUGUGAUAAGUUGUGGUUACGAAGAUAAAACUGAAUGGGGAAAAGAGGUUGGAUGGAUUUACGGUUCGGUUACAGAGGAUAUCCUUACGGGCUUCAAGAUGCAUUGCCACGGUUGGCGAUCAGUUUAUUGCAUUCCGAAAAGGGCCGCAUUCAAGGGUUCCGCUCCCAUUAAUCUUUCGGACCGUCUUCACCAAGUUCUUAGGUGGGCCCUCGGGUCAGUUGAAAUCUUGUUGAGCCGACAUUGUCCAAUAUGGUACGGUUACGGGUGCGGUUUGAAACCGUUAGAAAGGUUUUCAUAUAUAAACUCGGUCGUUUAUCCAUUGACAUCUGUCCCGUUGCUUGCUUAUUGUACGCUUCCGGCUGUCUGUCUACUCACCGGCAAGUUUAUUGUUCCUGAGAUAAGCAAUUAUGCGAGUAUUCUUUUCAUGCUCAUGUUUUUAUCCAUCGCGGUUACAAGUAUUCUCGAAAUCCAAUGGGGCGGUGUCGGCAUAGACGAUUUAUGGAGAAACGAGCAGUUUUGGGUGAUCGGUGGUGUUUCCGCUCAUCUUUUCGCUCUUUUUCAAGGUCUUCUAAAAGUCUUGGCCGGAGUCAACACAAACUUUACCGUCACCUCAAAAGGUGGCGACGACGGUGAAUUUUCGGAGCUUUAUCUCUUCAAAUGGACCACCCUUUUAAUCCCACCGUUGACCCUUUUAAUCAUCAACAUAAUCGGUGUGAUUGUGGGAAUAUCCGACGCGAUUAGCAACGGGUACGAGUCGUGGGGCCCGCUCUUCGGCCGGUUGUUCUUCGCCAUAUGGGUGAUUUUACAUCUUUACCCUUUCCUCAAAGGUAUGAUGGGAAAACAAAACAGUGUUCCCACCAUCCUCAUUGUGUGGUCCAUUUUGUUGGCUUCGAUUUUCUCGCUUUUGUGGGUUCGGAUCAACCCGUUUUUGGAUCAUGGCGGGAUCGUUUUAGAAGUUUGCGGGUUGGAUUGUGAUUGAAGAUAUAGAGACCGAAGAAUAAACACGAAACGGUGGAUGGAAAUCCGAUAUUUAUCAGUGAAUGUGUGUAGAUAAAAAAAGGGUUGGUUUUAAAUCUUUUCAUUGAUUCUUUUAAAUUUGGGUAAUUUUUGUGGGUUGUGAAGGAUAGACUUUAAGAAAGAUCUGUAAUCCCAGGAAGAACAUAAAGUUUAGUUUUUUUUUUUUUUUUUUUUUUUUUUUUUUUUUUUGUGGUGUAAUUUAAUAUUUUCUUUAUGUAGAACUUGUUAAUGAAUCUUUGUUCAGUCUA